GUCAAAUACAACACCCCACCUCUUCUGUAUGGCUCCCUUCGAGAGUAUCAGAAGAUUGGCUUAGACUGGCUGGCAAAGCUGUACAAGAAGAAUCUCAACGGCAUUUUGGCAGACGAGGCUGGCCUCGGCAAAACGGUGCAGGUCAUCGCGUUUUUUGCGCACCUGGCGUGCAACGAGGGCGAUUGGGGUCCUCACCUUGUCGUUGUUCGGAGCUGUAACAUCUUGAAGUGGGAACUUGAACUGAAGCGUUGGUGCCCCGGGCUGAAAAUCCUUCUCUAUAUCGGCAGCCAGCGAGAGCUCAGAGCAAAGAGACAGGAGUGGUUGGAACCCAACAGCUUUAACGUCUGCAUCACCUCCUACAAGCAGCUUUUCAAAGGCCACCAGGCGUUCAUGAAAAUGCGGUGGAAAUACCUGGUCGUCGAUGAGAUGCAACAGAUCAAAAACAUGACCGAGAAGCACUGGGAAGCUCUUCUCUGUCUCCGCAGUCAGCAUCGCUUGCUCCUGAUAGACACACCUUUGCACAACACCUUGAUGGAACUGUGGACCAUGGUGCACUUCUUGAUUCCAGGGAUCUCCAAAGCGUACCUGGAUUUCCCGGUGAAAGCAGCCAAUGAAGAGAAUCAGGAUUACUGCCACAAACUCGUCAUAAGGCUGCACAGAAUGAUCCAGCCAUUUAUUUUACGAAGGUCAAAGAGAGACGUGGAGAAGCAGUUGACAAAGAAAUACGAGCACGUGCUGAAGUGUCGGCUUUCGAACCGGCAGAAAGCCAUGUACGAAGAUGUCAUAUUGCAGCCGGGAACUCAAGACGCCCUCAAAAGCGGGCAUUUUGUCAGCGUCCUUCAUGUUUUGAUGCAACUGCAAAAGAUCUGCAAUCAUCCUGACUUGAUAAACCCCCGGCUUUCCAGCUCUUCCUAUGUCUCAGACACGUUGCAGUUUAGGACUGCCUCGCUGGUCUUAAAAGCACUUGAACACGGCCUUUGGAAGGACACAGACCUGAGCCUCUUUGAUCUGAUCGGGAUCGAGAACAAUAUGACCCGGUACGAGUCACAGGUGCUGCCAAAGCAGAAGGUCACCCGGAAGCUCAUCGAAGAAAUCUACACCUCUCCUCCACCUCCCCCAAGACCCAAUCCGGUAAAGCUGAAGCCUAGCAGAUUAUUCCAACCGGUUCAGUAUGGACAGAAGCCCGAAGGCAGGAUUGCAGCGUUUCCAAGCACUCAAGUGCAACGUUCGGCAACCACGGCAACGGUGGCUCAGCAGGGACAAGUGCGAGGAAGGUCACCCGUCGCUACGGUGUCUGCGAAUCAAGGUAAUAAAGGUAUUGCAAUUCUUGUUCUCUCCUCCGCCGCCGCACCCCAGUUUCAGACCUCUCAGGCUUCCGCCAGUGCUCCAAGACCGCAGGCAGCAGCAGCGACCUUCGCCACGGCAGCUAGCCCGGCCCAUCCAGCCAAACCGCGGGCCCAGACCGCCGUGCAGGCCUUACAGCUAGGCCAGGCCCCCUCCACACACACCAUCCAACAGAGUGUGCUGCCUCAGAGGCUGGUAUUGACCUCUCAGGCCCAGGCACGGUUGCCCAGCGGCGAAGUGGUGAAAAUAGCCCAGCUGGCUUCCAUUGCAGGGGCCCAGGGCAGGAUUGCACAGCCUGAGACUCCCGUGACGUUGCAGUUCCAAGGGAACAAAUUCACUUUAUCUCACAGUCAGCUGCGUCAGCUCACAGCGGGACAGCCUCUGCAGCUGCAAGGCAGCGUCCUGCAGAUUGUUUCCGCUCCUGGGCAGCAGUAUGUGCGUCCUCAGGCUCCGGUUGUGAUGCAGACAGUGUCUCAAGCCGGAACCAUACAAAAUGCUCUGAACGCUUUGGGAAAUCAGCAUCAAGCCAGCUUGCCGACUUCAGCAAUGACCCCUCAAAUGUGUGUUCCAGGUAGAACAGUGGGAACUAAUUUACCAUCGGGGGACUCCACUUCUGCUUUGAAGCCUGGCCUUCUCCAUGGAGGACAUUCACAGGAAUCGUUUGAGGAGAAGAACAGGCUUCUGAAGGAGCGCCUAGACAGGCUGUUCUCUUGCAACGAACGUCGCUGCUCCAGGGCCCCCGUCUACGGCCGAGACCUCGUGGGGGCGUGUUCGGUGGCGGCCGACGGAAAGAGGGCUCCUCAGUUCUCCAGCGGAGUCAGCAAGUGGAGAUGGUCCGGCUUUGCAAACUGCCGCCUGUCUCUGAAUGCCUCCAGGGACUGCAACGAUCCGCUGCGGGAGCUGGUGCAGACGCUGGAGCAGCAGCGGGGGUCCCUGACCGAUGCGGUGAACAGGGGGCUCUGCGUGCUGCCAGCAGCCGUGGCUGCCCCUCCCUCUUUGCACGUGGCAAAGCUCCCCGCUUUGUACAGCCACCGAAUGAAGCUCCUCAGGUGCCGUCUGAAAGAGGAGGUCUCUCCUUACAUGCAUCAGCUGCAGCAGAUCACCGUUCCCCAGUUGCUUCAGUUUCCUGACCUCCGGCUGGUUCAGUGCGAUGCAGGGAAGCUGGAAGCGCUGGCCAUCUUGCUUCAGAAGCUGAAGCUGGAAGGGCGUCGGGUGCUGAUCUUGUCUCAGAUGAUCCUCAUGUUGGACAUCCUGGAGCUCUUCUUGAAUUUCCAUUUUCUCACCUAUGUCAGGAUCGAUGAAUACGCCAAUCAGGAAGAACGCCAGGAACUGAUGAAGAUGUUCAACAGAGACAAGCGCAUCUUCUGCGCCAUCCUGUCCUCCCACAGUCGUUCCACGGGGGUCAACCUUGUCGAGGCCGACACCGUCGUGUUCUACGACAACGACUUAAAUCCGGUGAUGGAUGCUAAGGCUCAGGAAUGGUGCGAUCGAAUCGGCAGGUGCAAAGACAUCCAUAUCUACAGGCUCGUCAGUGGUAACUCUGUAGAAGAGAAGCUCUUAAAGAAUGGUACAAAAGAUCUGAUCCGAGAAGUCGCUGCUCAGGGAAAUGACUACUCAAUGGCCUUUUUAACACAGCAAACCAUUCAGGAACUCUUUGAGGUUCAUUCCCCGAUGGAAGAUUCUGGCUUUCGCGUGAAAGCAGAAGAGUUUGUGGUGCUUUCUCAGGAGCCCUCCCCAGCAGAAACGAUCUCUCCCAAAGUCGCGAGGCCUUUCAUAGAGGCUCUCAAAAGUACAGAGCGAGAAGAAGAAGAGGAGUCCCAAAGCUACGUUGAGGACAUGGAGACUGAAUCGACUUUGGAGCCUCUCGUUUCGGAGUUUGGCAGGUCCCGGUAUCUCGAUGAGCCCUCUCAGCUGCAGGAGCUGGUUACUGUUGUGGACCAGCUCACCCCGAUUGAAAAGUAUGCCUUGAAUUAUCUGGAGUUGUUCCAUGUUUCCACGGAUGACAGUGAAAAGAAAGACAAUCAGAUGGAAGUGAGAACUGCGAAAAAGGUGUGGGAGACGCAUCGCCUGAAGGAGCUGAAAGAACAAGAAGAGCAGAUGCUUUUGGGCGGGGAGGAGGAGGAGCUCCUCACCUACACUCGGGAGGAUGCCUAUAGCAAGGAAUAUGUCUACGAAGGCCCAGAUGGACAAACAGAAAUAAUGCCGCUUUGGACUCCCCCCACGCCGCCUCAAGACGACAACGACAUUUACAUCGACUCUGUCAUGUGUCUGAUGUAUGAGACCACCCCGAUCCCGGAAUCCAAACUGCCUCCCGUGUACGUUCGGAAGGAGCGCAAACGCCACAAAACGGAUCCGUCCGCUGCAGGGAGGAAGAAGAAGCAGCGCCACGGAGAGACGGUCAUCCCGCCCCGAUCGCUCUUUGACCGGGCGACUCCUGGGAUGCUGAAGAUGCGGCGGGAGGGGAAGGAGCAGAAGAAGAACAUCCUCCUGAAGCAGCAGACGCAGUUCGCCAAGCCCUUGCCCACGCUUGUGAAGCCGGCGGCGGAGGCGGGCCAGGACAACCCGGAAUGGCUCAUCAGCGAAGACUGGGCCCUGCUCCAGGCAGUCAAGCAGCUGCUGGAGCUCCCGCUCAACCUCGCCAUUGUGUCCCCAGCCCACACCCCCAACUGGGACCUCGUCUGUGACGUGGUGAACUCCUGCAGCCGUGUGUAUCGCUCUCCAAAGCAGUGCCGCAGCCGCUACGAAAACGUCGUCAUUCCGAGAGAGGAAGGGAAGCUUAUGUAUGAAGCGAACCCUAAGAAGAAGACAAAAAGCAUUUAUAAGACAUUUAAUGAAUUAACCCCUGCAACGCCCCAUCAGACAAAGAACAGCCGCCCGCUUCGAACCAGUCAGCUGUACGCCCAAGACGAGGGCGCGAUGCACACCCAGCUGUACACGAAUCAUUUUGAGAUUAUGAAGAUGAUCGCUGGGAAGCGAAGCCCCCCGAUCAAGCCACUGCUCGGUAUGAAUCCCUUCCAGAAGAACCCAAAGCACACGUCUGUGUUGGCAGAGAGUGGAAUCAGCUACGAUAAGCCCCUCCCUCCCAUUCAAGUUGCAUCUCUCCGAGCAGAGCGUAUAGCCAAGGAGAAAAAGGCUCUGGCUGAGCAGCAAAGGGCCCAGCAGCAGGCAGGUCCGCAGCAGCAGCAGCAAUCUGGCCAAUCACAAACCCAGCAAGCCACCGUCCAGCAAGCCCAGCCGCAGUCCCAGGCCCAAGCCCAAGUGGUCCAGCAGCCCCAGGCCGUGGUGCAGACGUCCGCUACCACCGUGGCCAACACCGCAGUAUUGGCUGGUACAAUGAAAACAUCGGUGACUGGAACAAGCAUUCAGACGGCUACUGUGAGUGGGAACGUUAUUGUGAACACGGUGCCCGGAGCCCCUGCCGCGACCUUUCAGCCGAUCAACAAACGGCUGGCAUCGCCUGUAAUCCCUGGGACGCUGGCGGCUUCCGGCGGUGCGGCCACGGCCCAGGUGGUACACACCCAACAGAGGACAGGCACCACGCCCGCUGCCUCGACAGAAUUGGUGACCCUAGCGUCGACUCCAGGGGUCCGAGCUGUCACCUCUGUGACGGCAUCGGCUGUGGUAACCACCAACCUGACCCCGGUUCAGACUCAGCCAAGAUCUCUGGUUACUCAGGUCACGCCAGCCGCUCCAGCAGGCGUUCAGCUCUCGGGGAAGACGCUGUCCCAGGCUCACUUCCAGAUCCUGCGGCAGCAGCAGCAGGCAGCAGCACAAGUCCAGGUCCCUCAGAUCCAGGGCCAAGGCCAGGCCCAGUCGCCGGCCCAGAUCAAAGCGGUGGGGAAGCUGUCGCAGGAGCAGCUGAUCAAGUUGCAGAAGCAGAAGUUGCAGCUUCCCCAGCAGCAGGCCGCCCAGCAGCAAGCGCAGGCAGGAGCCCCGCAGCAGAGCACGCAAGUCCAAGUGCAGCAGCAGCCCCAGCAGCUCACAGCGGUCGCGGCACCGAGGCCCGGGGCAGUCCUGACGGGCACCACCGUCACCAACCUUCAGGUCGCUCGCCUGACUCGUGUUGCUGCUUCCCAGCUUCAAGCGCAAGGUCAGAUCCAGGCCCAGACGCCGCAAGCGGCCCAGGUGGCUCUGGCGAAACCUCCGGUCGUGUCUGUGCCGGCUGCCGUGGUAUCGUCCGCAGGAGUCACCACGCUCCCCGUUACUGUCGCCGGGAUUAGCGUUGCCAUUGGGCAGCCGCAGAAGGCAGCAGGAGGGCAGACCGUGGUGGCCCAGCCGCUGCACGUCCAGCAGCUCUUGAAGCUCAAGCACCACCACCAGGCAGCCCAGCAGCAGAAAGCCAUCCAGCCCCAGGUUGCCCAAGGACAGACUGCCGUUCAGCAAAAGAUGAACCCACAGCAGGUCCAGGCGCAACAGCAGACGUCGCAGCAGCAGAAAGUUGCCUACGCCACGCAGCCAGCUAUCAAAACGCAGUUCCUAACGACUCCCCUUUCUCAGGCCCAGAAACCUGGUGGAACCCAGCAAGUCCAGACCCAAAUACAGGUCGCAAAGAUUCCACAGGUGGUCUCACAGCAGGGAGCCGUGGCCAAUAUUCAGCAAAUGGUGUCCGUUUCCCAGCAGGUUCAAGCUCAGCCGCAGACAGUGACCUUGUCCCAGACAACGGCCGGACAGCAGCAGGUCCAGGUGAUCCCGGCCACCACCGCUACCGCUCAAGUGGUCCAGCAGAAACUGAUCCAGCAGCAGGUGGUCACGACAGCGUCGCCCCAGAUCCAGGGCCCCGGGGUACCCAACCCGUCCCCGGCCCCUGCCGACAGCCAGACUCAGCAAGCCAAAGUGCAGAUGAGGGCCCCGGUCCGAUUAAAGGCACCCAGCAAGCCGAGUUGAGCGUCAAGCUUGAAAGCGGGGAGGCAGGGGAAACGCAGCUCCCUUCGUGCUUUCCGCGAGCGUCAGGCGGGUUUCUCGCAAGAUCCACCUCUUCCACAAGGCUGCAAGUCUUCUCCGUGUGUAUGGAAAGAUCUUGGACAGCAGCUGCUUCUGCGGUGAACCUCUUCCCAGCUGGAACGUGUUUGGGGGGUCCUCGCUUCCUUGUUGUUCCAAGAGAACGCCCACCUGUUUUUCAUUUGCUUGUUCGAACCAUAUAGCGUGCAAAGAUUCGAUCUUUGCUUAUUUCCACCAAAAUGUAACAAUGGGGUUGUUUUCAGGUGUCUGUAGAAUUUUGUCUGCGUAUUCUAGACGAUUGUUCUCACUGCCAGAGGGGGGAUCGUACUGCGAGCGUGGGCUUCCUGUGCCCUGAGAGGGCAGCAGGGGACCCCUGAUAGCACUUGGCCAAACUGCCCUCUCUCUAGUUCCUCGGAAGUUGUGGUCUAAGCGGGCCUUUUGUCGAAUGGGGAGCGGCGGGCAAAAACGGACAAAGCGGAAGCAUUCCCUGCUACGUUAGCCAAUAAAUGUGAAAGAUUUGUAAAUAUCUGUAAUUACAAACCAUAUUCCAGGCUUCAUUUUUGGUAAGUCUU